AUGUCGGGAUCAAAGCGUUAUGGAUCUAGCUCGUCAUAUUCGUCACACAGUCCCCCUAUUCCUGAACGUUGGAUUAAAUGCCCUCGUAAAUCUUAUACAACUAUAGCUGAAAAAUUUGUGGCAUUCAAAACACCACUUGAUAGUAAAUAUGACGAUCAAAUACCUAUCGAGAAUAGGUUCAAUACAGAAAUGUUGUUCUCAUCAAUGUCUAAUAUGAAGGUAACUAUAGGUUUAUGGAUUGAUCUGACAAAAACCAGUCGUUUCUAUAACAAAUCUGAAGUCGAAGAUUCGGACUGUAAAUAUGUAAAAAUCCCAUGUGCUGGUCAUGAACAACCUCCUACGCGGGAGCAAGCACAAUUAUUUGUAGAUAUUUGUUCAAAAUUUAUUGCAAAAAAUCCUUUGCUAUCCAUUGGUGUUCAUUGCACUCAUGGUUUUAACCGAACAGGAUUUAUGAUAGCUACUUAUUUAAUAGAAACAUUCGAUGUUAGUGUAACUAGUGCCAUAGCUCAAUUUGCGGCAGCUAGACCUACUGGAAUUUACAAACAAGAUUAUAUAGUUGAAUUAUUUCAACGGUAUUCAGAUGAUGAAGAACCUAUACUAGCUCCAGAACUUCCAGAUUGGUGUUUAGAAUCAGAAGAAGAUAAUCAUAAUUCAAGUAAGUUUGAAUCCUCUUCACGAAAUAAACGUGACUUCAGAGAUCAAGACCCUAAAGAUAGAAGAGAACAUGAACCUUCUAGUAAACGAUCAAGAAGUGAAAUGAUUAAUCGUAACCCAGUAUUUAUGGAAGGUGUAUCUGGUGUUACUGCUAUUUUUGAUCAACCCAGAUUAGGCAACAUUCAAAAAAGAACUCAAGACUUAUGUAAAUGGAAAAGAAAUGGAUUUCCUGGAUCUCAGCCAGUGUCUAUGGAUAUUCAAAAUAUAAAAUUAUUACAUAUAAAACCCUACCGUGUUACGUGGAAAGCUGACGGUACUAGAUACUUAAUGUUUAUCCAAGGUGAAAAUGAGAUAUAUUUUAUUGAUAGAGACAACAGUGUAUUUGAAGUUGAGGGAUUGACAUUUUUACACAGAAAAAAUCUAGAUCAUCAUUUGAAAGACACUUUAUUAGAUGGUGAAAUGAUUAUUGAUAAAGUCGAUGGACAAAAUAUACCUCGCUAUUUAGUAUAUGAUGUAGUUGCAUUUGAAGGUUUUGAUGUUGGUAAACAACCAUUUUAUCCAAACAGAUGUAUGCUAAUAGAAGUUGAUAUAAUUAAACCCAGACAUCAGGCCAUCGUUUGUGGUCGUUUAGACAAAGCUCAAGAACCAUUUAGUAUUCGUUUGAAACAAUUCUAUGACAUUAAUGCUUCUGAUAAAUUGCUGGGAAAUUUUAGUAAAAAUUUAUCUCAUGAACCUGAUGGUCUCAUAUUCCAACCAUCAACUGACCCUUAUGUAGCUGGUACGUGUCCUGAAGUUUUGAAAUGGAAACCAUUGGAACUGAAUUCUGUUGAUUUUAAACUUAAAAUUGUUACGGAAGGUGGAACUGGAAUGUUGGAAUCAAAAGUUGGAUAUUUGUAUGUAGGUGGUAAAUCUGAUCCCUUUGCCAGAAUGAAAUAUAAUAAAGAACUUAAAAAUAUGGAUGGAAAAAUAAUCGAAUGCAAAUUUGAAAAUGGAAAUUGGAAGUUUAUGCGAGAGAGAACUGACAAAUCGUUUCCAAAUGCUCUCAAAACUGCAAUAGCCAUUUGCCACAGCAUCGAAACACCUGUUACAAAAGAAAUUCUCUUAAAGUAUAUACAACAAGCUCCACGUAGAUGA